AUGCUCAUGAACAAACAACCAUAUAACAGUCCAGCACGCCCCUCGAUUGCUGCCAGCCAAGCUCUCCGUUCCAAUUCGUCUGCAAAACAAAUUCGAAUGGCUUCAAACAUCCUCGCUUCAGCAACAGAAAAAGUCAAACAAAUGGCCGGAGCUAGCAAUCAAAAGGUCGCUGACCUGUCCGCCGUCACAAAGGACGUACACGAUGAGAGCUGGAGAGCCACCACAGACUUCGGUGUCAAGAUCAACACACACGAUGACUGGCUGAGAGCGACGUCCGAGGACAAGAUUGGCCCCGGUCUUCUCGAGGAUAGCAUUGGCCGUGAGAAGAUCCACCGCUUCGACCACGAGCGUAUCCCCGAACGUGUUGUCCAUGCCCGUGGAAGCGGUGCUCAUGGCAAGUUCACUCUCUUCGAAUCGGCUGCCGAUGUAACCACUGCCGGAGUCCUCACCGACACCUCAAGGGAGACUCCCAUCUUCGUCCGAUUCUCCACCGUCCUUGGAAGCCGAGGUUCUGCGGAUACUGUGCGCGAUGUACGCGGUUUCGCCGUCAAAUUCUACACGGACGAAGGUAACUGGGAUAUCGUUGGCAACAACAUUCCCGUCUUCUUCAUCCAGGACGCCAUGAAGUUCCCUGACGUCAUCCAUGCUGGAAAGCCGGAGCCUCACAACGAGAUCCCUCAGGCUCAAUCUGCCCACAACAACUUCUGGGAUUUCCAAUAUAUGCACCCGGAAGCCACCCAUAUGUUCAUGUGGGCCAUGUCUGACCGAACCAUUCCCCGUUCCUACCGAAUGAUGCAGGGUUUCGGUGUCAACACCUUCACCCUCACCAACGCCAAGGGCGAGAGGAACUUUGUCAAGUUUGUCUGGACACCUGAGCUUGGUGUGCACUCUUUUGUGUGGGAUGAGGCUCUGAAGAUUGCUGGACAGGAUCCCGAUUUCCAUCGCAAGGAUCUGUGGACAGCGAUUGAGGCUGGCGCCUACCCCAAGUGGAAGUUCGGUAUCCAAGUCAUUCCUGAAGGCAAGGAGCACGACUUUGACUUUGACAUCUUGGACGCUACCAAGGUUUGGCCCGAGGACUUGGUGCCCGUUCGGUACAUUGGUCAGCUCGAGCUCAACAGGAACCCUGAUGAGUUCUUCACCCAGACUGAGCAGGUUGCAUUCGCCACCGGCCACGUUGUCCCGGGUAUCGGCUUCAGUGACGACCCGCUGCUCCAAGGACGAAACUUUUCGUACCAGGACACCCAGCUCAGUCGCCUGGGUAUCAACUGGGAAGAACUCCCCAUCAACAAGCCCGUUUGCCCCGUCAUGAACUUCAACCGUGAUGGUGCGAUGCGCCACACCAUCACCAAGGGCACCGUCAACUACUUCCCCAAUCGAUUCCAAGUCGGACCUGCUGCCACUAAGGAUGAAGGUGCUUACAUGGAUUAUGCGCAGAAGGUCGCGGGCAUGAAGGCUCGCCUCAAGAGCACCAAGUUCAAGGAGCACAAGAACCAGGCGGAGCUGUUCUACAACUCUCUCUCCGCCCCUGAGAAGAGCCAUUUGACUGCUGCGCUAGGCUUCGAGCUGGAUCACUGCGAUGACCCCGUUGUGUACGAGCGUAUGACCUCGCGUCUCUCCGAGAUCGACCUUGGACUUGCCCAGAGUGUCGCUGAGUUGGUCGGCGGUGAGCAGCCCAAGGAGCAAACACGCCCCAAGCACAACAAAACCGCAAAGGGUCUCUCGCAAACCGAGUUCGCUCCCGAGAAGCCUACUAUUGCCACCAGGAUGGUAGCCAUCAUCAUCGCCGACGGCUACGACCCGGUCGCAUACAACGGCAUCAAGGCCGCCCUAUCAGCCGCCGGUGCCCUCCCCUUCACCAUCAGCCCCCGACGCAACAAGAUCUUCGCCGCGGGCGAAGACCCCAAGACCGGAAAGGGCGUAGUAGCUGACCACCACCUCGAGGGCAUGCGCUCGACCAUGUUCGACAGCGUCUUCGUCCCCGGCGGCGCCCAGUCCAUCGAGACGCUCCGCAAGAGCGGCCGCGCCGUCCACUGGGUCCGCGAAGCGUUCGGCCACCUCAAGGCCAUUGGCGCCACCGGCGAAGCCGUCCAGUUCGUCCGCGACGCCUGCGAUGUCUCCGGCAUGCAGUUCUCCACUUCGGCUGAUGUUGUCGAUUCCUAUGGCGUUGUUACCGCGGCGCAGGUCCAGCCUCAGAGCUUCAAGGAGGUUGUUUCUAUGGCCAAGGGCGCCAAGGACUUUGUCGAUGCUUAUACGUUUGCUAUUUCGCAGCAUAAGAACUUUGACCGUGAGUUGGACGGCUUGAGCGUCAUGGUUGCGUACUAG